ACUAUAAAACCCCCUCUCUAACUCGGUCCAUCUAUUCACUCAUCACAUAUCUCUUCCAUUUUCCAAAUCACUAAACUUUCUACAACCAUUAUGGCGACCUCACGACUAGCAAGAUUCAUAACGGAGGUUGCGCCACCGCAGUUUGUCACGGUGAUGCGGCGAAGAACGGCCAAAGUACUCGACACGAUCAAGGAGGAAGAGAGAGAAGUUGGGACCGAUCAUUCCAUAUUUUCUUCUUCUUUGACUUCCAAAAUCUCACCGUUCACUUCUCCUAAUCCUUCUUCCUCCUCCUCCUCUGGUUUGGCUUCUGCUUCAUUAUGUGCGGGUCCGACCAGUUUUCCGGUGACGGAGAAUCGGAGCUCUUUUCCGGUUUUCAAGAACUGAAUAAAGGUCAUCGUAUCAGGAGCUGCUUUUCAUAUGUUAUUAUGUAUAUCUGUGUGUAUGCUUCCGUUGUUGUCGGAUGAUCGGAGUUUUUUUCCCUUAACGGGUUGAUCAAACCCGGAUCAGCAUUGUGAAGCCCAGUCGGGUUGACCCGAUUCAUUAUAAUUGUAUAAUCAUCAUGUGGAAGGGACUUUGUUCAACGUCGUUGUCAUUGUAUUGUUAAUUUGAAAAAAUGAUCCCAAAUAAAUAAUUUAGUCACACUA